AUGAGAGUCUCAUCACGUUCGCACCCCUCCUGGGGCUGGUGCACCGCUAUCGGAGCUCUACUGCCAGGUCUACUAGUGCAAGCCAGUUCAGCAGUCAAUGUGGCCCUCCAGGCUUCGUUCGACUCGUCUCCAUAUCUCGUGGAACUGCUAGAAUCCGCCGCUGAAGAGAACGCUACCUCCUAUUUUCCACUGCUCGACCGAAUCGCCAGCGGCGCCUUUGAAGAUGCUGCAACGGAGAAAGAGCUGUACGACCGCUUCUUGCAGGUCGUUCACGAGGAUGAGCACCUUCGUACCCCUGAGAGUAUCUCAUCUUUUAAGCUUGCGCUUGCGGUUCGAUCGUCUGCGCCUCGCAUUCAGGCACAUUAUCAGUUUUAUAAUACCUCAGUCCAGCAGUCGUUGAUGGGUGCUCAAGAUGCGGCUUGUCCUGUUUGGGUUCAUUCUGAGGGAAAGCAGUUCUGCUCAUCGGAAAUGGAGCGGGCUCAACAGGAUGUUGAAGGGGAAUUGCGGUUUACUUGUCGCAGAGAUCCUAGGGAAUUGCCAUUUGACCGAGUUCUCGGAGUUUCGUCGCUUCCACCGGCUGUACUUUAUGCGGAUAUCUCUUCGCCGAUGUUCAAGGACUUCCAUGAAACAUUGAGCGAACUGGCAAAACAAGGGCAGAUUUCAUACCGUGUGCGCUACCGUCCUCCACAGCAUUGGGUCUCUCGCCCGUUGUUUGUGUCUGGAUACGGUGUUGAACUUGCCCUGAAGCGUACCGAUUAUAUCGUCAUUGAUGACCGGGACGCUGAGAAAAACACAAACCCGUCCAUCGGCACCGAAGAGUUAAAGGAGGAUGCGCCGGAUGACUUGCGUCCCCUGUCUUCUUCCGAAGUCUCCAGGCUAGGCUGGAACUCUGUGGCUUAUGUGAUGGACAGCGAAGAUCCCUUAGCCACUUUGAUCAAGCUGGCUGAGAGCUUUCCAAAGUAUUCGUCUACAAUCGCUGCCCACAGUGCCUCAGUCGCGCUGAAGAAGCAAAUUCGAGCCAAUAGAGGGCGAAUGAUCCCGCCUGGCCAUAACGGUAUCUGGAUCAACGGUGUUCAGCUUGAUCCAAGACAGAUCGAUCCCUUCUCCCUCCUGGAAAUUCUUCGUCGGGAGAGAAAGUUGAUUGACAAGUUCCGUGGCCUGGGCCUCUCUGCCACCGAUGUAGUGAAGCUUCUUUCGCACCCACUGCUGGCGCAGUCGCAAUCAAAUGAAGACCCUCAAAGAUAUGACUACCGUGAUGAGAUUGAAGGUGGAAAUAUCAUCAUCUGGAUGAAUAAUCUCGAAGAGGACGAUCAGUACUCCCGAUGGCCGAGCGACAUCCAAUCGAUUCUCACUACUUCCUACCCAGGCUCUUUGCCACAGGUAGCCCGUGACUUUCAAAAUGUUGUUGUGCCGGUUGAUCUAUCCAAUCCUGAAGAUAUCCUCUUGAUUGCCAGACAAGUCCAUAUGUUCAUCCAGCGCAGUAUCCCCGUGAGAUUUGGCUUUGUCCCAAGUGCUUUGACUCCAGAGUCUACUGCCCAGUUGAAAGUGGCGCAUUACCUUUGGGAGACCUACGGGAUUGAUGCUGUCAUCAUAUACUUGCAGGAGGUUUCCAAGAAAGAAACGUCAGGCAAACCGGAUAAACAGGCCUUCGCAACUGCAACGAAAAAGCAGACUCCCAUUGAUGAAAAGGAAACUCUGUCCAUGGACCAGGUGCUGAAAAGCGAGUAUUACAAGGACAUCGCAUCCCGAACAGCUGCUUACCAAAGCCGUCUCGACCUGUCUGAUAAACCAUCUACACUUUUAAUUAACGGAAUCCCUAUGUCUCGGAAUGGCAACUGGAUGCAGGAUAUGAGUUUCGUGGUUGGCCGAGAUGUCAAAAUGGUCCAGCAGGCUAUUGCAGAGGACAUCUUUGAAGAAGAUGCUUGGUUGCCAGACUUUUUCCUAGCAUCGGCAUUUGAAAGACGCAAUACCUUCAUCAUGCCCGAAGACCCCAAAAAUGUCCGCAUCGUGGAUCUUGUGGAUAUAUUGGGAUCGGAAGCUGGAGUGUUGGCUAGCGUCCCAAUGAUUAGAUCUGAAAAGGGCGCAUCGGACAGCGUCCUUGUUAUUGUUGUGGGAAACUUUGAAUCUGAGGAGGGACUCAGGCUACUGACUAACGCCCUCAAGUUCCGAAAGGAGCACGAAGAGGUUGAAAUUCUCAUGCUGCAUAAUGCUGCACAAGAUGAAGAGAGCAGCUUGAAUCUUGGUAAGCUACAGCACUCGCUUUCCAAGGGUGAGAGCAUUGAGGAGAUUCUGACCACCCUUGAGUCAUCGGAAGACUUGAACGUCGAAGAUUCUAAGUCGAAAAGUCAAGACAUCAUUGCCAUCCACCGACGUCUGGCUGAGAAACUUGGCUUUGAGGCUGGGGUGGAAGGCGUGAUUGUCAAUGGAAGAGCUCUUGGUCCCAUCGGAAAGAAGCAUACUUUGAGCGUGAGUGAGCUGAACCAACUCAUCACUUAUGAGUGGACUCAACGUAUAGCACCUGCCGCGAAGGCCGCCGAAGGACUUGGACUGGAUACAAAGCUCACAAAGCCUCUUGAUCUCGUCAAACUUACCUCCCUCGUCGCUCUCUCCUCGGUCUCGGAUGUGCCCGAUGGGGUUUUCGAAAACACGCCUGAUCAUAGAAUAGAUUUGUCCGAGAACUGGGAGACGGAUCGCUCUGUGAUCACAGUCUCUAACUCCGACGAUCCUACUAUCCACAUCGUUACCAUCCUGGACCCUGCAUCUGAGAAUGCUCAGGAAUGGCUGCCAAUUCUCAAGGUUCUUUCUGAGCUGGCUAGCGUUCAACUGAAGAUUUUCCUGAACCCGAAAGACGAGAUCAAGGAACUCCCCGUCAAGCGAUUUUACCGAUAUGUUCUAGGCUCUGAGCCCUCCUUCACCAGUGAAGGAUCUAUCUCCCGCCCUCAAGCUUCUUUCACCGGUCUGCCAAUCGAGGCACUGCUCACACUGAGCAUGGAUGUACCACCUUCGUGGCUUGUGGCACCCAAAGACUCCAUCCAUGAUUUGGACAACAUCAAGCUGAGCUCGCUCAAGCCUGGCACCACUGUUGAUGCUAUUUAUGCCUUGGAGCACAUUCUGAUUGAAGGACAUUCCCGUGAUGCCACUACCAAGGUACCACCGCGAGGUGUGCAGCUUAUUCUGGGCACAGAGGCGAACCCUCACUUUACCGACACCAUCAUCAUGGCCAACCUGGGCUACUUCCAGUUCAAGGCACAGCCAGGCCUAUGGCAAAUAAACCUUAAACCAGGACGUAGCGAAAAGCUCUUCCACAUCGACAGUGUCGGCGGUCUUGGCCAUCGCCCUCAGCCCGGCGACGAGAGCAAUGAAGUCACUUUAAUGUCUUUCCAAGGCCGAACCCUCUUCCCCCGUCUCUCCCGCAAACCUGGCUACGAAGAAGAUGACGUGCUAGAAACGGGCCAUUCGACCAUGGACUUCGUCUCCAAGGGCUUCAACUUCGCAUCAGGAGUCCUCUCCAGCGUCGGCGUAGGCUCCAAAAGCGAAAAACACGCUGAUAUCAACAUCUUCUCCGUGGCAAGUGGCCACCUCUACGAGCGCAUGCUAAACAUAAUGAUGGUCUCCGUGAUGCGCCACACAAAGCACACCGUCAAAUUCUGGUUCAUAGAGCAAUUCCUCUCUCCCUCCUUCCGCGCCUUCCUCCCGCACCUCGCCCAAGAAUACGGCUUCGCCUACGAAAUGGUAACCUACAAAUGGCCACACUGGCUCCGCGGUCAACGCGAGAAACAGCGUGAAAUUUGGGGUUACAAGAUACUUUUCCUAGAUGUGCUUUUCCCGCUCUCGCUCGACAAAGUUAUCUUUGUUGACGCAGACCAAAUCGUCAGAACGGACAUGUACGACCUCGUAACCCACGACCUAGAAGAUGCCCCAUACGGCUUCACGCCCAUGGGCGACUCACGCACAGAAAUGGAAGGCUUCCGCUUCUGGAAACAGGGCUACUGGAGCAACUUUCUCCGCGGAAAACCCUAUCACAUCUCCGCGCUUUACGUCGUCGACCUCAAGCGCUUCCGCGCCCUCGCGGCUGGAGAUAGGUUGCGCGGUCAGUACCAGAUGCUUUCUGCUGAUCCGAACUCUCUGAGUAAUCUGGAUCAGGACCUGCCUAAUCAUAUGCAGCAUCACAUUCCUAUUCAUAGUCUGCCGCAGGAGUGGUUGUGGUGCGAAACGUGGUGUGCUGAUGCAGAUCUGGAGUCUGCGAAGACGAUUGAUCUUUGUAAUAAUCCGCUUACGAAGGAACCUAAGCUUGCUAGGGCUCGGAGACAGGUUCCUGAGUGGACGGUUUAUGAUGAUGAGAUUGCGACCUUGGCAUUGAAGCUUGCUGGUGAGGAUGAGAAUGUUGGGUUUGUGCAAAGUGGUGAUGAUGUGCCUAUUGUUGAGGCUGAGAUUGAGAAUGGAGACCAAGAUGAAGAUCAGGAUCGUAAAGAUGAGUUAUAG